GCCAUGUCGUUGAGCCCAAAGCACACGACGCCCUUCUCCGUGUCUGACAUCCUGAGCCCCAUCGAGGAGACCUACAAGAAGUUCGGCGGCGCUAUGGACGGCACGCCGCCGGGACUGGGGGCGCCCCUUGGGGCCGCGGCCGCUGCCGCCUAUCGCGCGCCUCCGCCCGGCCCCUCCUCGCAAGCGGUUGCCGUGGCGGGCAUGCAGCCGACACACGCCAUGUCGGGUCACAAUGCGGCGGCUGCGGCCGCGGCUGCGGCCGCGGCAGCCGCUACCUAUCACAUGCCGCCGGGCGUCUCGCAGUUCCCGCACGGAGCCAUGGGCGGCUACUGCAACGGCGGCCUGGGCAACAUGGGCGAGCUGCCCGCCUAUACAGAUGGCAUGUUGAGCGGCGCGGCGGCCGCGGCCACCGGCUGGUACGGCGCCAACCCGGACCCACGCUAUUCGUCAAUCUCCAGGUUCAUGGGGCCGUCGGCGGGCGUGAACGUGGCGGGCAUGGGGUCGCUGACGGGCAUCGCAGACGCCGCCAAGUCGCUGGCGCCGCUGCACGCGGCUGCGCCACGAAGGAAGCGCCGCGUGCUCUUCUCGCAAGCACAGGUCUACGAGCUGGAGCGACGCUUCAAGCAGCAGAAGUACCUAUCGGCGCCCGAACGUGAGCACCUAGCCAGUAUGAUCCACUUGACGCCGACGCAGGUCAAGAUCUGGUUCCAGAACCACCGCUACAAGAUGAAGCGGCAGGCCAAGGACAAGGCUGCGCAGCAACUGCAGCAGGAAGGCGGCCUGGGUCCUCCGCCGCCGCCGUCGCCGCGUCGCGUGGCAGUGCCUGUUCUGGUCAAGGACGGCAAACCGUGUCAGAAUGGAGCCGGCACACCGACGCCGGCCCAAGGCGGCCCGCAGCCGUCGGCCCCCACGCCGGCGCCGGAGCUGGAGGAGCUGUCACCCAGUCCUCCCGCGCUGCACGGCCCAGGGGGCAGCCUGGCAGCCCUGGACGCGGCCGCCGGAGACUAUGGUGGCGGCGUGCUGGGCGCCAACCUGCUCUAUGGCAGGACGUGGUGA